AUGAAGUUCACCGUUGCGACCAUCUUUGCCCUCAUCGCUGUGGCUUUUGCUUAUCCCGCCGUGGAGCGAAGCGCCCCAAUCAAACGUCAGAAUAUUGUGAGCAUGGACGUCUCUGUUCCCGCCAUGAGCAGCCAAGAUGGGGCUGUUGUCCCUUUUAAUGCCGCCAAUGUCCAUCAAGACGCCCGUACCAAGGGGAUCUAA